AUGACAUUUCCGGUCGCUCGUGUAGCAUCGAUAAGAUGUCCAUUUCACAAUGUGCCACGAGCCAAACGACCUAUAAUGCUCUCCUUCAAUACCUCCCGCCCCAGUAAACUUUCUACCCUAACGACAAAUUCCCAAUUAUAUAUACAUAAUUCAGCCAUUCAUACUUCACAGAAACGUAUUCCUCAACCACGUACAUCGUUUAUUCAUGCAGCGGGAAUCCAUACGUCGAAUGUUCGACAACAUGAGAAAGAAAAGGAUAUGAGAAAUGCGGAUCCGAAGGUUAGCGAUAUUGGGAGGGCGAUUGAGGAUGAUUUUGCUACGAUUAGAGAUUGUUAUGCUACACCUAAACAUCCAAUUGUUCUCGCACACGGUCUCUUCGGGUUCGACGAAGUUCGCAUCGCAGGUAGUCUUCUCCCCGCAGUACAAUAUUGGCGCGGUAUAACGAAUGCUCUUCGUGCAAAAGGUAUUGAAGUGAUUAUCGCCUCUGUUCCCGCUUCUGGUAGCAUCGAAGAACGCGCUGCGGCAUUGGGGGAAGAUAUUGCCGCGAAGGCGAAUGGGAAGAGCGUGAAUAUUAUUGCGCAUAGUAUGGGAGGUUUAGAUGCACGGUUUAUGAUAUCUCGGUUGCAGCCGCCGAAUGUGGAAGUGCUGAGUUUGACGACGAUCGCGACGCCUCAUCGCGGCAGCGCGUUUGCGGAUUAUUGUUUCGAUGAGAGUUGGUGGCAUGGGAUGAUACCGGGGUUGAUUAGGAAAUUGAAUGAGGUGGGGAUUAGUACGGGGGCUUUUACGCAGUUGACGAGGAAAUAUAUGAGCGAAGAGUUCAAUCCGAAUACGCCGGAUGAUAAGAGUGUGCGAUAUUUCAGCUAUGGGGCGUCUUGCGAUCCGAAGCUUUGGAGUGCGUUUCAUAAGAGUCAUGGGAUAGUGGAGAAAGUUGAGGGGCCGAAUGAUGGAUUGGUUAGUGUGGAGAGUAGUCGUUGGGGCACUUAUAAGGGGACUUUGGUGGACGUGAGUCAUUUGGAUUUAAUCAAUUGGACCAAUAGGUUGAGGUGGUUGAUGUGGGAGUUGACGGGGAACGUGAGGAAGUUUAAUGCCAUUGCUUUUUAUUUGGAUAUUGCGGAUAUGUUGGCGAAAGAGGGGCUUUAG